AUGAACGCGCAGCUGGCGAUGGAGAACAUCGGCGAUCUGCACGGGGUGAGCCAUGAGCCGGUGCCCGCCGCCGCCGACCUGAUGAGCGGCAGCCCCCACCACCGGAGCGCGGUGGCCCACCGCGGCAGCCACCUGCCGGCCCACCCGCGCUCCAUGGGCAUGGCGUCCAUCCUCGACGGCGGCGACUACCACCACCACCACCGGCCGCCCGACCACGCGCUGACGGGCCCCCUGCACCCCACCAUGACCAUGGCCUGCGAGACACCCCCCGGCAUGAGCAUGAGCAGCACCUACACCACGUUAACCCCUCUGCAGCCUCUACCUCCCAUCUCGACGGUCUCGGACAAGUUCCCUCACCACCACCACCACCACCACCACCACCACCACCCCCACCAGCGGAUACCGGGCAACGUGAGCGGCAGCUUCACGCUCAUGCGGGACGAGAGGGGUCUGGCGUCUAUGAACAAUCUCUACACCCCCUACCAUAAGGAUGUUACCGGCAUGGGGCAAAGCCUCUCUCCGUUGUCUGGAUCGGGCCUGGGGAGCAUCCACAACUCCCAGCAAGGGCUGCCCCACUACGCUCACCCCAGUGCCACCAUGCCCGCCGAGAAAAUGCUCACCCCAAACGGAUUUGAAGCCCACCACCCUGCCAUGUUAGCCAGGCAUGGCGACCAACACCUCACCCCCACCUCCGCUGGCAUGGUGCCUAUCAACGGGAUCCCACACCACCCCCAUGCCCACUUGAAUGCCCAGAGCCACGGGCAGAUCCUGGGCUCUGCCAGGGAGCAAAACCCUUCUGUAACUGGUUCGCAGGUCAACAGUGGAAGUAAUUCAGGGCAAAUGGAAGAAAUCAAUACCAAAGAAGUAGCUCAGAGGAUCACCACCGAGCUCAAGCGGUACAGCAUCCCCCAGGCUAUCUUCGCCCAGAGGGUGCUGUGCCGCUCUCAAGGGACCCUCUCAGACCUGCUGAGGAACCCCAAGCCCUGGAGCAAGCUCAAAUCCGGCCGGGAGACCUUCCGCAGGAUGUGGAAGUGGCUCCAGGAGCCGGAGUUUCAGCGGAUGUCUGCUCUGCGGCUGGCAGCGUGCAAGAGGAAAGAACAAGAGCACGGGAAGGAUAGAGGGAAUACACCCAAAAAGCCUCGGUUGGUCUUCACGGAUGUCCAGCGUCGAACUCUACAUGCAAUAUUCAAGGAAAAUAAGCGUCCGUCCAAAGAAUUACAAAUCACCAUUUCCCAGCAGCUCGGGUUGGAGCUGAGCACCGUCAGCAACUUUUUCAUGAAUGCACGGAGGAGGAGUCUGGAUAAGUGGCAAGACGAGGGCAGCUCCAAUUCAGGCAACUCAUCUUCUUCAUCAAGCACUUGUACCAAAGCAUGA